CGGACGGACGAAACGGACACUCAGUCAGUCGUCAGUGUCCCUGCGGCCUCCGAGGUGAGUGGGUGUGUUGCCGCAGCUCUUCCUCAAGGGUGACUCCUCAGUCUAGCAAUGCUGGCUGCCCGUACUACCUAACGCCAGCCAUCCCUCAUACCAGGUGUUGACAGACGCUGCCUCCCGCCUCUCCGUCAUCACCACGCAAGGGUCACCACGCGCCAACCAAACCCCAACAACCGAGAACAAACCAAGAAAACCGCAGGAGAGACAAACACUGCAGAUCCCCCUUAAAGCAACCAACAGAAAACGGACUCCUACCAGACCGCAAGAAGUAAACAAAUCUAUCGCUCCUUCUCCUCUUUGCCCCUUCGCUCCGAGUCAUGGCUUGGCUGAGUACCGAAUUCUACUACUACAAGGGGAGCCCUCCAUGCCGCGCCGUGUGGAUGACGCUCAAGAUGCUCAACGUGGAAUAUGAAGCAAAGGAAGUGGACUUACUGAAGGCCGAGAACAAGAGGCCCUGGUUUCUAAGGAUGAAUCCCCAACACACAGUCCCAACCUUCAACGACCAUAGCUUUAUUCUCUGGGAAAGUCGCGCCAUAAUGAUGUACCUUAUGAACAAAUACGCCACGGAGGAGAACCAGUACCUGUACCCGAAGGAACCAGAGGAAAGAGCGAAAGUGGACCGUAUGCUGUUCUUCGACAUGGGAACUCUCUACCAUUCCAUCAAGGAGUACUUUGCCCCCAAGAUAUACGACGGCCUGCCCCCGGACCCAGAGAAGGAGAACCUGCUGAAGACGAGCCUCGACCACCUGGACCAUUUCCUGGAGAUCGGCGGCGUGCCCUACCUGUGCGGGGAGAGGAUCACCAUCGCUGACGUGGCUGUCCUCGCCUCUGUCACUGAGCUGGACGCGAUGGAGUACAACUACAGGUGUUACGGGGAGUUCAACAGAUGGGUGGAGCGAGUCAAGGCCGCCAUCAAGCCUUACAAGGAGUGCUGCGAGGAGGGCGUGCGGAUGACCAAGGAUCGCACCAAGUUCCUGGAGACUGAAGUUAAGAAGCAGAUGGAGAAGGAGCGCAAGGCUUCCCUCCCCAAGAAGUAAACAAAGACACGGCGGCGAGGAAUGGCGGGUGGCGGGAAGGGGAGGGGUCACUGUUACAUCACGUAUGAAAAUAAUUAGACUGGGAUGUUAUUUCUAUUGCUGUUAUAGGGUGUGUGUUGACUGUUUUCCCGGCGUGUUUACCAAAAGCCGCCGCCCUCCCGCUAAGUGAGGCAGACUCGGAGCGCAAAGGUGUUAUGGGUUGCGCUGCGCAGUGUCCCGAGGGAAGCCUGCGCAGUACGAAGCAUGUAGCACAAAGGAACAAUAGUUUAAUGGAAGUAAUGGGGUUGAGUUCCCAGUCUGAUAUAUCAUCGGAGGGAGAGAAAAAAGCAUAAAAAAGGCCUUGCUGUUAGUUACAAUAAUAAUUUAAAGGGAAUGAAAUAAUUUGUUUGCGCCUCGGUAGAUCACUAAUUGUUGUGAGGAUUCUUGUUGCAGUCUCGCCAAGCUAUUAAUUGGUAGCCAUUUUUUUGGUGAUUCAUGUGUUGUGUUUUAUCUUUUGUUGGUUACUUUGGUGUUUCUUCUUGGCUUUCCGUGUUUCUGAGGGCUUGUUUUUGCUUCCUUCCACAGAGAGAGAGAGAGAGAGAGAGAGAGAGAGAGAGAGAGUGUGUGUGUGUGUGUGUGUGUGUGUGUGUGUGUGUGUGACUGCUUAAACUGCGCCACAACAACGGGAUCCUAUGGCGCAUACUUUUGUUAUUUAUAAGAAAGACGUAAUUUUUAAUGGUAUGGAUGUAAUUAACUAAUGUACGCUGACAUAUAUAUUUUUUUUUUCAAUUACUGAUAACUACAAAAACACUGAUUUCCUUAAGUAACUUGUUAAGAAACCAAUUUUACCGUCAAUAUUAAUAUAUAGUGUCGUAUCCCCUGCGUGACACGACCAAUCACAUGCCUGCAUUUUGUCUCAACCAAUGGGACUUUUCCGGGUCUUCAGUGCCUCCGUUUUCGUGGGAGGAUUAGGGUCUGUGUAACAGUGUGCCUGGUAAUUGUGCCUUCAAACACUACCCAAGCGUAUAUAAGGUCAUCAUUAGGUCAUUUUGAAGCGAUGACGACUUGGGUGUGGGUCUCGAAGCAGCUGUGAGAUGAAUGAACCACUGCCUCGAGCAGGUAAUGUUUCGAAGCUUCAAUAUCUUGUGCUCCGGUUAUUUUCUUUUAUAUCUUUAUAAAUUUGCACGUAGGGUUAACGUUCUUUGUGAAGAGAGAUUUUAAUCAUCUUACAACACUACCUAGAUUUGACGUAAUGCUUUCAACAAAAAUAAUUAGCACCAUUAUUGUCUGAUGACACAAUUAUGGCGAAGAUUGUGAUGCAACAGUCAUUCGCGCGUCCGUGACUGGCAAGGGGAAGGUUGACAAUGAGGUCACUGGAGGCGUGGUUUGGGUUGGCAUCACCUGUAAUUGGUUCUCAGAGUGGUAGAUGAAUGGAAUGGACUCGGUAAUCAGGUUGUUAGUGCGGAGUCAUUAGGGAGCUUCAAAAGGUUUGACAAUAUAUGACUAAAGAUGACAAGUGGAAAGGAUAUGCGUGCUUGAUACAGGGACUGCCACGUGUAGGUCUGAUGGCUUCUUGCGGCUUCCCUUAUUUUGUUCUUAUGCAAUCACAUGAGGCAGCACCAUCACCUGCACCACUAACACAUUAGUUAUCACCGUAUGCUGCAGUUAUAAUCACCGACACUCAUCACUGCUUGCUAACUACUCCGUUAUAAUCUCCUUAAUGGCAAGGUAUCCGAACAUAAUUACACAUCACAGCUUGAUAACUCGAGCACCACCGCCAUCUUGACAGCACCAUGUUGAAAGAUAAUUCUAUAUCACUGUUAUUAGAACUCGCAACUCAUUGCUUAUAUUGCGUCCACGGGUGAGAAAAAAAAUCACGUCAUCACAGAGGAGAGAGCGUUGGUGGGGAGGAGACGCUGAUCACUAGAGAACAGACAAGAAACACGUGCUGAUCUCCACCGCGACACUGUUGACACGCGCGCCAUCUAGUGAAUGAAAGACGCAUUACAAUCACCAGCUUUGGACCAUACUCUGCAACACUUCUGCGCCGCACCUCCAAUACUUUCCAAAGGCUCUUGUUGAAGUGACACGGAUUUUUAAGAGUAAUUUUAUGGUUCGGGUGACAGAUUAACAAGAUUUCUACACUACGAACUAGAGAAACACGCUUGAGAACGUGGCUAAUCAUGUCUGUGGCCUUUGGAAAUAGUCGUGGGUGGUGAGAAAGCAGGGCGUUUGUGAAUACAGGCCACUCCCCAUGUGUUGAUUCACCGUAAGCAAGUCAUCCAUCCGCCACUUGUUGUAAUAUACUGGAGGCGUUGCACUGAAAGGAAUGCAGUAACAGGGGACUUAAGGAGAGAUGGAAGGGGUUAACUGUUGUAUACUGUACGGCUGUUUUGUAUUAUCCUGAGCCCUUAUAUACGAUGUCAGGGUGUAUAGGAAGUGUAUUCACGAGAAACUUACACUCGCCCGCAAGUGACCUUAAAAGAAGUGUGUGUGUGUGUGUGUGUGUGUGUGUGUGUGUGUGGACUUUUUCUUCCUUACUAAUGCCGUGUGGUUGUCGUGCUCAGCAUUUUAUCUCAGCGACGUGUGUACAUAAGAGGAAAUAUAUACAUACAUACGUGCAUCCUUGGAGCCUCGCCUGGCCGCCGCAUGCGUUUGUUGAUCAGUGUAUGUAAUAGUUUAUCAUCAAGAAUAUUGUGGGUUUUGUUGCUUCUCAGUUGUGUGUGAAAUAAACUGAUUCUCUGAUGCCC